AUGGAGCAAAGCAAAAUCAAAAAGACGGGUAAAGCCCGUAUCCCGGAUCACCUCCGUCGCCGUGCAUUGGUGAGUUGCGAUCGAUGCAAGAAGAGGCGAAUUCGGUGCAACCGUACUAAGGGUGCCGACGCCCAUGAUGCAUGUCAAACCUGCUUGGAGGUCGGUGCCAAGUGCGAGUCAACUCUUCCUCGAAAGACGAGAAUAUAUGGAAGUGUAGAGACACUAAGUGUUCGCUACCGUGUUCUUGAUGGUCUGAUCAAGGGCCUCUUUCCUUCACACGAUACCAGCAAUAUUGAGGAAUUGUACGCCAUCGCAGAGGCUAAUGACAUCACCCUGCCCACCUUUAGUGAGCAGUCUCUAGCAGAGGAAGUCUUCAGUACUCCUCCCUCAAAAGCGGUGUCAAAUUCACCCAGACCAUCUCACGAGAGUACAGCAAGUCCUGCAGCUCCAUCACGGGAAUUGGAGAGCUUGCAAGUGGAUAAAGAUGGAAAGGUUCUCGAGGAAAAGCUGGUUCCUAUGCCUAUUGUGAACGGUCCUUCACAUUAUAUCGGCCCAUCCAGCUCUUUUGGCUUCGUUCUAACGGUACGAAAUAUGGUCGCCGAGUUCAACGCUGUACUCAGAACCAUGCAACCUGACGACGAGGGCACCAAGAUCCGAAGCGAUUUCAGUGGUUCAACUUGGAGCAAAGCAUUAGAUCCUAUCAACAAGGAUGAAAGUGAUGAAUCUUCAGAUGGUGGACCAGAGAGAAUUCCUCGAGGCCCUCGGAAUCACAUGCAUCAGUCGCCAUUCAUCUCGAGUCCUAUCCGAAGCCCAAUAUCUGCAACCAGUAGAUCAAGAAAAGCGACGUUGCUUUCUUUUCUCCCUGAGAGGAGAGUCUGUGACGCUUUUGUUCAAGCGUACUUUGACAAAGUUCAUCCGAACUAUCUAUUAUUUCACAAAUCAACUUUUCAAAAUCGAUACGAGCUCAUGUGGAAUCAUCCCAACUUGUUGAUGCGAGAUGUCGAACCGGGCUGGAUUUGUUGUAUGUUUAUGAUGCUAGUUUUUGGUGCACAAACAUUGGAAUCGCAAAACGUACCGCACUCCGUUCAGAUUCAGAAACAUUAUCUGGAUCUUGUUCAGGCUAGAAUGCAUCAGUUAGUCAGUGCUACUACGUUGAUCAAUGUUCAGGCUUUACUCCUUCUCCAACUGUACCAACACAAUUGUACGGAACGAAAUAGCGCUUUUAUGCUAUUGGGAUGUGCAUCUAUCAUGGCCAUGGCCUUGGGAAUGCAUCGAGAAGGAACAUCCGGGGGAUUCAAUAAAUUGGAGCGUGAAGUCAGGAAGCGAGUUUGGUGGACUGCAUACUCUUUUGGGCAAUAUCAAUGCGCGAUCCUGGGCAGGCCAUGUGCAAUUGAUGACUCGGAGGUGAAUGUUCAGUUUCCUGACGAGAUUCUUCUGGAUGGAGGUGAAUCCGUUCCACAAGGAUACGUAGAGCAUUCCGUACGUCUUGCCAAGUUACUUUCGGAUGUUCGACGAAAGAUAUAUGCAUCUCCAAGUCACCCUACAGAACAAGGAGAUACACCAAAGAUUCCCGUUGCAGCACAAUUUCUUCACGACUUACAUACAUGGCAACAAAGUCUGCCUCCUCAAUUACGUUUAGAAUACCUCACUCAACAUCCGAGAUAUCGUCGUGCGAUAAUUCUAUUACAUAUCCAGUUCCACCAUGUCCAAUCCCUUGUCACCCGCCCUUUUAUUCUACGCAAAGUCGGCGUCCAACUCAAAAGAUACAUGGGGGGACAUGUUAACCGCUCCGUAGAUCUUGAUUCGGAAGAAUUAAAUUUAAGUCAUCUCUGUGGGGAAUUCUCCCUCAAAUCAGCUACCCUUCUCCAACAACUGCUCUCUGAUGGCUCCUUUGACGGUCGCGCCUGGUUGGAUGGUUAUUACGUCUACCACUCCGUCUUUAUCCUCUCUCUCGACUUCCUCGCUCGUCCGUGGCAAGACAAAGAUACAGACGAUGAUAUAACGCGGAAACAGGCCGUCCGAGAUGUGAUGAACGCCUUGGAAAAUGUCAAGUUAUGUCCUACAUUUACGAUACUAACACAAGUAGCUUUACAGCUCGCGAAAAUCGUGGGAAUCUUUGACGCAAGAUCUGAGCAGCAUGAUAGGGGAGAUGAAUUUAGACAGUACAUGGAGCAACAACAAGCAACCUUUACAUUCGAUUAUUCCCAAGACCCCACCACCACUGUCCCAGGACCAGGAAGCGGAAACGUCGUAGGUGGAUGGUACGCAAGGGGUCCUGUCGACCUCCCUUUUGAACUAAAAGACUUUUUCAACGGCGAAGGAUUCGGUAGUGUAACUAGCAAUGGCCUCCCUGCAUCUGGUGCUUUCACCGGUAUUGGCAAUGGAUUAACUGCAUCUCACGGUUUAGGCGUGAGUGGUGUAAAUGGUGUCGGCAUCGGAACGACCGCCGAGCAGCCGCAGCCAUUUACCGGCAUGCCACAUUUUGGACAUGCAUAUGUAAAUCAUAUUCCGCAGGUUAUCAGCGAGGAGGAGUUGAUUGCUACCGCGCCCCCGCCGGAAACUUAUACGCACUGGGGAGCGGGCGCGGAGAUGCUAAACGAGGGACGGUUAAGUAGAGGGUGA